UCACCCUUGGCUGUUCGAACGCACCUCCGCCCAGCAGUUGAGCGAAACCACGGGGCCGUAGCGCGCCGAGGGGAAUCAACACCGACCCCCCGCCCCAGGACGAGCCAUGCCCCUCCCGGGGGCGGCCCCUCGGCGGGCACAAAGCCGGGUUCGGCCGCUGCCCAGGCAGUAGUGUGCCGUUGUCCCGGUGCGGUGGCUCAUCCCUUCCGUCYGCCGGGCGCCGCCCGCCACCUCCGCAGCGCCCGCCCUCCAUCCCUGCCUGCCYGCUCUCGGCGGGCGUGGGGCCGCGCAGCGCCGCGCCAUGGAGGAGGCGGCCGCUGCUGCCGGCGGACCGCCGGCCGGGGCUGCUGUUGCCGGGGCUGCUGCUGCCGGGGCUGCGCCAUCGCCCGCGGCUGARCCAUCGCCCGCGGCUGCUGCUGCCGGGGCAUCUCCGCCCAGGGUUGCUACUGCCGGGGCUGAGCCAUCGCCCGGGGCUGCUGCUGAGGCUGAGGCUGAGCCAUCGCCCGGAGCCGCUCCGCUCCGGCUGCUGUCGCUGCUUGGGGCCAAGCUCUGCACCUGGUAUGUUUGGAAAACUGUAAUUCUGGGCCAGGUGCUCUCCUUGUUUAUCUGUGGGACUGCUGUUACAAGCCAGUACUUGGCAGAAACAUUUCAAGUGAACACUCCAAUGCUGCAAAGUUUCAUCAACUAUUGUUUGCUGCUUCUAAUUUAUACAACACUGCUGGCAUUUAGGACUGGCUGUGCUGGUAUGUGGCAGAUUUUGAAACAGAGGUGGUGGAAGUAUAUUAUUGUGGGACUGGCUGAUGUUGAAGCCAAUUACUCAAUGGUAAAAGCCUACCAGUAUACAAACCUCACGAGUGUGCAGCUCCUGGACUGUUUUGGGAUUCCUGUGCUGAUGGCUUUGUCGUGGUUCCUUCUCCGAGCAAGAUACAGGCUGAUACAUUUUUUUGCUGUGGCGAUCUGUUUGCUGGGUGUAGGAACAAUGGUGGGUGCAGACAUUUUGGCGGGGAGGCAGGAAGGUGAAGGUAGUGACGUGGUGAUUGGAGAUGUCUUAGUGCUUCUUGGUGCUUCUAUGUAUGCCAUUUCUAAUGUGGGUGAGGAAUACAUUGUGAAAAAACUGAACAGAGUGGAGUUUCUAGGAAUGGUGGGCUUGUUUGGGACUAUUAUCAGCGGUCUACAGCUAGCCAUUGUGGAACAUAAGGAGAUAAUGAGAAUUCAGUGGAGCUGGAAAGUUGCACUGCUGUUCUCAGCCUUUGCCUUGUGCAUGUUUGGUCUGUACAGCUUCAUGCCAGUUGUGAUACAAGUCACCAGCGCAACUUCUGUCAACCUGGGGAUUCUCACUUCAGAUCUCUACAGUCUCUUCUUUGGCCUUUUCCUGUUUCACUACAAGUUUUCAGGUCUUUACAUCGUGGCCUUUGUUGUCAUCAUGGUGGGMUUCAUCAUGUACUGCUCCACUCCUACUCGGACGGCAGAACCCACGACCCUGCCCCAUCCCGGCAGCACCGGCUUGGACAACGCUGCCCUAAAGCUCGAGGAGAGCGACAGUGAAGCUCCAGCUGUAACUGUGCAGUUCACAAGGGGAGAAAGUGUUGUGGUCAACACUGAUUAAAGAAAUGGCAACACUUCAAAA